AUGGAGUUAUUUAAAGUUGAAGAAUCUGUCAUCGCUGAGAGUAAUAAUCGAGUUGCAAAAUGCUGCAACCAGAGACAUGCACUGUUACCAGGUCAUGAAUGUGACAGGUGUCGCAUUCAUCCAGAGGUCCUGAUUUUGGCAGAAAUCAGCCCAACGUGGGUUGCCUUGGAAUUUUCUUAUGAAGAGCAUCACAGGAACAAAGCUCCUUUAUUAAAGUCAGAUGAACAGCUGCUUGAAACUUUAGAGGCUUUAUACUCUGUUAUCUGCAUGCCAGAUGAUACUCCUGGCCUCAGUGACUGUCCAGCCAUGCCCAUUGGUUCUCUGAGUACAGGAGCUAUUAGUGUGUCUCAGUGCUGGCUAAAGGAGCCACAGAUUACUAAAAGUUGUUGCCUACCAGGGAAAUGCCUCUUCAUUAGAUCUGAGCAAACGCACUUUCCUGGGUGUUUGCUUUUCGCCACUGUGAGAGAUGGGAUCCAGGCCCAGAAGCACCUUUGUUACCUGACCCCUGAUGGCUGGUUUUGUAUGAUGCAGUUGUUUACAUCUAAUCCAACUGUAAAAUGUUUGCAAGCAUUAUCUUGUUGUAACGGAUUUUUAUUCCUUAGUGAAACCAUUGCUUUGAAGUCAUCAGUUGGAAUAUUUAUUACCAUGAACCCAAGAUAUACAGGUUGGACAGAACUACCUGAAAACCUCAAAGAUCUGUUCAGAGCCUGCACUGUGGCUGUCCCUGACAUUGAACUGAUAUAUGAAAUUUUGUUGGUUGCUGAAGAGUUUAUUGAUACACACUUGUUAGCCAGGAAGUUUAUUACCUUGUGUGCUCUCUGCAGGCAACUGCUUUCUAAACAGCACCAUUAUGACUGGAGACUUCUUGAAUUACAUGCUAUCAAGUCAGUUUUGGUAGUUGGUGGCUCACUGAAACAAGCAGACAAGAACAAACCUGAGGAUCAGGUGCUUAUGCGAGCCUUAAGAGACUUCAAUUUGCCUAAAAUAGUGACAGAUGAUAUCCCAGUUUACGGCCUGAUCAGUGACCUGUUUCCAGCUCUGGAUGCUCUGAGGAAGAGGACCCUGCAAUUUGAACAGAUGGUUAAACAAUCUACCCUGGAGCUUCACUUGCAGUCUGAAGAGAGCUUUAUACUCAAACAUCUUUCUGGAGAACUCACUCUGGUGAAGCAGGCUAAUCAAGUUUUGAAUGAAUUAAACUGUGAAAAACUCAUACAAGAUCAG